UAGCACAUCAUUGAUGGAUGGAGUAGAAGAAGAAACAGGAAGGCAUGGAUCCCACUGAAGAAAACCCGAGCAAAACAGUCGACAUUUAUCGCGAUACCUGGGUCCGCUUCUUAGGCUAUGCAAAUGAGGUCGGGGAGGCUUUCCGUGCUCUGGUGCCAGUGAGCUUUGUAUGGGGCAGCUAUGCUGUGGCCACUGCUUACGUCACUGCUGAUGCUGUGGACAAAGGGAAGAAAGCAGCUGUGGCACAUGGGGACAACCCGGGUAAAACAACCCGGGUAGCGGUGGCAGUGGUGGACACGUUUGUGUGGCAGGCCCUUGCCUCUGUGAUGAUCCCAGGCUUCACUAUCAACCGUGUGUGUGCCGCGUCACUCUACCUGCUAGGUAGAACCACCAAGUGGCCCCUGUCCGUCCGCAAGUGGACCACCACAGCUAUAGGCCUCUCCACCAUCCCUUUCAUCAUUACUCCUAUAGACAGGUCAGUGGAUUUCCUGCUUGACUCGAGCCUCCGGAAGGUCUACGGUGAGGAAGAGAAGCACAAAUAAGGACAGAUCACGCAGAGGGCUGCCUGUCCCCUCCUCGGGAGAAACCAGUUCAGUCUAUGUAGACCUGUGCUGAUUAUUCACCACUGUGAAGCUGUAAAAAAGUUUAGAGAAGGACUUCAAGGAGCAAGAUUUCAUAUCUCUUCAAAGAUAGAAAUGAUUAAAGGGAUUUUAUUGCAAAAUUAUAAAGUUUAUGUAAGCAGGUUAAGUUCUUAAAAGUGAAAUCCGGUUUCUUGAAUUAUCCCUCUGGUGAUAGUCAACUUAAAGCUCUCAGGGCAAGCUGGGUAAAGGCACAAAAAAUGUUUAAAAAGAAAUAUGAAUAGUGUAUAAAUAUUGAGGAUGAAAAAGUGGCAUCCUGCUUCUUUAAGUAUUCUUCGGCAGGGAUACAGUGAUUGUCUGUACAGAGGAACCCUCCAAGGCUGCCCUCUGUUAGUUACGAGCUGUUUCUCUGGUUUCACCUCAUGUCUAGAUGUCAUUAUGAGGUUACAUACAAAUCCACACUUGCUGUGUAUUUAGCCAUAUUCAGUGGUACUGUAAUGAUAGGCCAAAAGUAAUGUCCCCUCGCUGAAAAGAAAGGCAUCUGUUCCCUAUAAUAGAUGUUUUAAAUGCAUUCUCUAAUGCACUUUUUUCAUUAUUUCAUUCUACCUUAUUGUUGGUUGUGGGAGCCUUUAAGGUUUACACUGUGAGCAUUUUUAUACCAUGGUUAUAGUCUAUGUGAUACUGUAUAUAUGUCAUGUUAUAUGGCUCUUAAACUUAAGAAUACCUGUAGUAACACCAAGUCAUACUUGUGCAGUCAGCCUCACAAGUAUUUGAAUGUUUUAUCACCCAUAUGUAAACUGUUGGUCGUAGUCAGAUGUUCUUAAUGCACAAUACUUCUUGUCUGACCACAAUACACAUUAAAAGUUCAUGACAUGUAUGACAAAUUUAAGACCUUCUUUACAGUAUCACAAAUCAGAUUACAUAUAGACAGUAUGUAAUGAAGUAUACAAUAAGGGAUAAUUAUAGCAUUAUUAGAUUAUUAUUAGAAAAAUAUAUAAAACGUCAGAACUUGAAAUGUAAUACUUCUCCCAACAAGCUUUAACCUGUAGCUGUAUCAAGUGAAUAUGUGAUGUAGAAGAGUAGAGUUCUCCAUCUAUAAGCUUGAUAAAAUUAGUGUUGCACUUCUAAAAUAAUUGUGGAGGUCAGUGUAGUAUCUAUGCAGAAAACGGUUUAAGGGAUUAACUACGAAAUAUACAGAUACUGUGAGGCUGUUUUUGCCGAGGAGCACAGUCAUAUACUGUAGCUCUUGCUGAACUAUGCAAGAGAAACAAUUCUUUGUGUACAAGUCUGUGUGCAGUUUGUGAAUUAAAGGGAUUGCUGUGCCAUAUUAGAAAUGAUGUAUGUAAAGUAUGUCAAAUGUUACAAAAUGAAGGGAAACUGAUACAAAACGUGGUUUGAAAUUUGGAUUAGCUGUCACUAAUACAACAAGGAAUAUACUACACAGGGAACGGUUACCUCCUGUAUACCAUUUUAGUAAUGAAUAUGUUUGAAUCACACUAUAUUAUCUUUGCUGUAAAGGAUGUGUUUCACUUUUUCAUGGAGAGAGAUGUGCUGAAAGAAAAGACGGUUAAAAACUUAGGGUGCACUAAUUAUCAUAUUUUUACUUGCUGGUACAGAUGCAACCUAUUUAAUGAUAUUUCAUAACCACAUCAGGCCAAUUAUAGUAAAUAAUAGUGUGUGGUUAAGGCUUCAGCGUGUACCAGCAUUAUUGGUUGUUUUCAUUUACAUAAAACAAAGAUGUUACUUUUACCUUGAGUAAGUAUAAGGGUAUAGACUUUUUUCUUGUCAGAUAUUUGACUUGCCAUAGCAGGAAAAGCAUGGGUGUAAAUAACAAAGGUUCUAAAAAUCAAACCUCUACACAUAGUUGCAUAAGUGUCCAUGUAAGCCAUACCAGUCAGCAGGUGUGCUAACAGUGCUCUGCAACUUGGACACCUCAGUUAAAUUCACCCAUUAUUGAUGUUUUUACUGCUAUGACGUGUAAAAUUGUCUAACUUUAAAAAAGGCUUAUUGUUGCAACCCAAGUGGUAAUCUAUACAGUUAUAUUAAAUGUUAACAUUUCAGACUUUACAUACAUAACUUCAUUGUAUUUUUGUUAUUGUUGCAUACUGCAAAUGAAAAGGAAUUGUUUGCUCUUUUUUCUUCUUCUGUGGGAACAUUUUCAAAGAUUUUCGUAGGUGGUGGUGUGUUCGGAAGUGGGUUAUAUGAGUCACAGUUUCAGCCUUAACUGAAACGUUGCCUAACCUCAAACCCGUUCCGUUUUUGUGAAAGCAACUGUUGAAAACUCCAUCACUUACAAUAAAAACAGCUUCCUUCCUAUUUCUGUAAAAACUUCUGAAACACUGGAGAGAAACAUGUAAAUCUAUAGUGAAAUAAAUUAUAUAAUGAUAAGCAAA